AUGGCCCGAACCGUCCGCCUCGCCGCCGCCCAAAUGGGCACGACCAACAAAUGGGACUCGCGCGCCGACACUCUGCAGCGCAUGAUAACGCUCCUCCACGACGCCGCAAGCCGCGGCGCGCAAAUCGUCCUCUUCCCCGAAAUCGCCUUCACCACCUUCUUCCCGCGGUACCUGAUCACCGACGAGACCGAGCUAGCGUCGUGGUUCGAACACGGCGACAUCCGCAGCGCGCCCAACACAAAGGCGCUCUUCGACGCUGCGUCAGAACUGGCCGUCGACAUUGUAGUCGGCUUCGCAGAGGCCACGGUAACCGGAGACCACUAUAACAGCUGCGUGUACUACCACGCCCAAAGCGGCGAUAUCCUCGCGCGGUACCGCAAGAUCCACCUCCCCGGGGACUUUGAGCCGCUCCCUGACCCGGAGGCCGUGAAUCAGCUGGAGAAGAGGUACUUUCUCCCCGGGGACUUGGGGUACAAGGCGUUCCGGGUACCGGGACUUAUUUCGGACCCGAAUACGCCGGAUGCAGAGGGACGGGUCCGCGGGGACCCGAUCGUGGGCCUGAUGAUCUGCAAUGACCGCCGCUGGGCCGAGAGCUGGCGGUGUUACGGGCUGCAGGGCGCAGAGAUAAUUCUCUGUGGGUACAACACGAACGGGUUCGCGCCGCAGUUCUGGGGCCAGAAGGGCGAUAUGACGCGCGAGGAGGCGGAGGCGUUCUCGCUGUUCCACCAUAAGCUGGUUAUGCAGGCUCAUUCGUACACGAAUGCGGUCUUUUCUGUGGCUUCUGCGCGCUGCGGCAAUGAUGAUGGGAUGUACCCGCUUAUUGGGGGGAGUAUGAUUGUUGAUCCGGAAGGACGGAUUCUGGCGGAGGGACGGACGGUGGAGGAUGAGGUUGUUAUUGCCGACUGCGAUCUGGAUCUUUGUCUGCCUGGGCGGAAACGCACGUUUGAUUUUGGGCGGCAUCGACGGGUCGAGCAUUAUGGGUUGCUGGUUGAGAGGGCGGGGGUUGUUGAGCCGCCUCUUCUCACUUCUGGUGAAAAGACAGGUGGGCUGAAGGAGACCGUUCCUGUUCUCCCUGUUGAAAAGGAGAAGGUAGAGGCAACGGCCAACAUCAUCAAAGGGGAUGCUGGACCAGGCAAGAAACACCGCAUCCUCCUCAUCAACCCCAACGCCACAGCGUCCAUGACAUCCAAGUGUCUCGAGAUGGUUGCGCCAACCUUACCACCCGACAUCCAAGUCGACGGCUUCACAGCGCCGCACCCAGCCCCAACCGCAAUCGAAGGCAGUCUUGACGCCGUCCUCUCCACCGCCGCCGCCGUCCGCGCCCUCAUCCCCAUCGCCGAGACCUACGACGCCUUCCUGGUCGCCUGCUACAGCGAGCACCCGCUCAUCAAGGCCCUGCGCGAAGAACUCUCCGCCCCGGUGGUAGGCAUCAUGGAGGCAUCCCUCUUCGCGGCAAGAACACUAGGCGGGCGCUUCGGCAUCGUCGUGACCUCGUCGCGCUCGGCUGUCUUGCAUACCGAUAGUAUCCGGAACUACGGGCUGGAUGGGUUUAGCGUUGGCGUUGAGAGUUGCGGGCUUGGUGUGCUUGGGCUGGAACGGAAGGGGGAGAGGGAGGUGCUGGAUGCGAUGUGUGGUGCGGCGAGGAGGCUUGUUGGGCGGGGGGCGGAUGUGAUUACGCUGGGGUGCGCGGGGAUGACGAAGCUGAAGGAGGCGGUUGAGGGGGAGGUUGGGCCGGAUGUCCAGGUUGUUGAUGGGGUUGUUGCGGGCGUGCAUCAUCUUGUUGGGUUGUUGAGGAUGGGGGGACGGACGGCGAAGAGGGGCGUUUAUGCCAGUUCGAGGGUGACGAGGGAGGGGAGGGGGCAGACUUACCUGUAG